GUUGCCCAAUCGGAUAAAUGUCAUUACUUUUUGAAAACAAAACUCUGUAGCUCUUGUUUUAGGGAUUUUGAAUCUAUCGCGACACAGGGUUUGAUAUCAAUAUAUAUCUACAAGAUGCCGGCCACCGCUGGACGAGUUCGCAUGCCGGCGAACAAUAGGGUGCAUAGUAGUGCGGCCCUGCAAACUCACGGCAUAUGGCAGAGUGCAAUUGGGUAUGAUCCAUAUGCGCCCAACAAAGAUGAAUCCAAGAACACCUCACAGCCCAAACCAUCAAAUGACGAACCUGAUGCUGAGAAUCCAUACAAUAGCUACCAGGGUCUUUUAGCUCUUGCCCGCAUAACUAAUACCAAUGCUGAUGAGGCCCGUGGUGCUUGCAAGAAGUGUGGCCGUGUUGGGCAUUUGACUUUUCAGUGUAGAAACUUCUUGAGUGUUAAGGAUGAUAUUAAGGAAAAAGACUCAGAAGCAAUUCAGGCUGCAGUUUUAUCUGAGUUGGAUAAAUUGAAGGGGAAAGUGGGGAAGUUGAAUGGGAAAGGUAAGGCUGAGAUUGAGGGGGCAAGCGAGGAAGAAGAAGAAGAGGAGAGUGACAGUUCAGAUUCAGAUGCAGAUCCUGAGAUUGAGAGGAUUAUUGCGGAGAGAAAUGGGAAGAAGAUUAGUAGUAGAGGCAGAUCUUCCAGGAAGAAAAAAACCGAUGUGUCAGAUGAAGAUGGAACAGACUCAAAUUCUGAUUCAGGAAAGAGGAAGAGAGGGAGGUCCAAGAAGAGGAGGAUUGGGAAGAGGGAAAAUAGUGACUCAGAGGAUGAGGAUGAAGGUGGAAGGAAGAGGAGGAUGGAAAAGAGGAGGAAGAGGGAUCGGUCCUCAGAUGAAGAAGAUGAGUAUCGACACCGUAAGAGGAAGAGUAGGAAGGAAAAGAGGAGGAGAAGAAGUCAUAGACAUUCAGAUGAUUCUAAUUCAGAUGUGUCUGAAGAUUCUAGUGGACAUUAUGAAAGGAAGGGCAGAAAGUCCAGAUUGCCAUCUGACUCUGAUGAAAGUGGUUCAGAUGAUUCCCGUGGAAGGCGCACAAAGAGGUCUAAGAAAAAGAGCAGGAAACGCCAUCAUGAAAGGGAUGAAUAGAGGCAUUGCUAGGAAGGCUUGCAGACAAGUGGAUUGUAAUGAUUGUCCCCAAGAUUCUUACAUAUUAACUAUCAUAUUAGGCGAGCUUCAAAAAAAAAAAAAAGUUGCUGUUGAUUUGUGUGCUUCAAUUUAAUCUUUGUUCUCCAAAAGGAAAAAAAAAAAAAAAAUUGUAGGAUAUAAGAAAAUUUGGCGGUAGUGUCUUUGUGUUGUGUUUAGACGACCUGUGAAUAAGUUGACUUGAUCAAUCUUCCUACUGGUUGAUGUUCCAAGUUUACCUGUUGUAACUUUCUUUUUCUUUAUCUCUUUGUAUUUGCUACUGGAUCCGGCAUUAAUAUAUCUUCUGAGUUUGGGCAAA